UUAAUGUUUCUUAGCCUACCAACAACCUUAAUUUCUUCAUCAGUUUGAGACUUACUACUCAAAGCUUUCUUUGUCUGAAUUAAGUACAAGAAUGGGUGGGAACUCGCCGUGCGCUUCAUGCAAGCUCCUCCGCCGGCGCUGCGCCAAGGACUGCGUAUUCGCUCCGUAUUUCCCGUCCGACGACCCCCACAAGUUCGCCAUUGUUCACAAGGUCUUUGGUGCUAGCAAUGUCAGCAAAAUGUUGCAGGAGCUUCCGGUGCAGCAAAGGGCAGACGCGGUGAGCAGCCUAGUGUACGAGGCGAAUGCAAGAGCGAGAGAUCCGGUAUACGGGUGCGUGGGCGCGAUAUCGUACCUGCAGAACCAAGUGUGUGAGCUCCAAAUGCAGCUGGCUGUGGCUCAAGCUGAGAUACUUUGCAUUCAGAUGCAGCAGCAAGAGCAGCAGCAGCAGGCGGCAUUGGCUCCAUCAUUGCUGCAGCUUGAGCCGGAUAUUGAUGAUGAUGAUGAUGAUCAUAAGUCGUAUUUCCUCCACCCUCAUCACUUGCUCAACUUCACCUCUGACAACUCUAGUGCAAAUGUAAUUUACGACUCUUUCAAGAAGGAAUCCCACCUCUAUCCCCAUGACAUGGUUUCUUAAUUAACGAUGAAAUGAAUAAGCUUUGAUUUCAUCUU